AUGUUCCUUGAGGCCCUACAGGAAGCGCGCCUGGCCGGCGCCCGCGCCUGCGCGGAGCGGCGCUCGGACACGGAGGGCAGGCCGGCGGCGGAGGUGGCGGCGCUUUCCGAGCUGUUCCCCUACCCCCUCGACGAGCCCCAGCGGGAGGCCGCGAGGCGGCUCGCCGAGGGCGAGGACGUGCUGUGCUGCAUGCCCACCGGCUCGGGCAAGACCGCCGUGGGCCUCUUCGCAGUUUGGCGGUCGCUGCUGCGGGGCAGGCGCGCCUACUUCACCACCCCGCUAAAGGCGCUGUCUGGCCAGAAGCGGCGCGAGCUGUCUGCGAUCUUCGGGCAGGGCGCCGUCGGCCUGGUCACCGGAGACCACAGCGUGCUGCCGGGAGCGCCGGUGGUGGUGAUGACCACCGAGGUUUUCCGGAACUUGUUGUAUUUGCCGAACUCGGACGCUUCGUCGUCGUCGCUGGGCUUAGACCAGUUGGACUGCGUGGUGCUGGACGAGUUGCACUUUAUCAACAACCCCUCCCGUGGAGUGGCGUGGGAGGAGGCCAUCAUACACUGCCCGCCCGGCGUGCAGAUCCUGGGCCUCUCCGCCACAGUGGGCGGAGAUCCAGAGGUGUUCUGCCAGUGGUGGGCACGGACGCGCGGCAGAGGGAGGAGGUGCCGCCUGGUGUCGUCCGACUGGAGGCCAGUGCCGUUGCAUUUCUACGUGCUGCAGGAGCUCGAGCGCCGCCGCGCCAAACGCCUGUACCACCUCGCGGACUCGGGCAGCCUGCAGCACGCGCGGGCAGGAUGUUGUGCCGACGCGGAACAGGAGAUGACGAAAAACAGUUUUACCGUGAUCAUCGAUAGCGACGUGGACGUGAUGAUCUACAGUCGCCAUCUAAACCAGUGCCAGGCGAAUGGUCUGCUCACUGGCGCCAUCCUGGUCAACGAGACGUUGCAGGCGCUGCAGGGCGCCAGCAUGGACGUACAGGGCAUCGACGUCGGAGCCAAGCCGGAACCGAACACCACGGAGGUCGCGUGGAAACACUUGUCUGAGUUGAAGGAGGAAGCCUUCCGACAGACGAUCCCCAAGGCGAGCACGUUCGCCAACGAGCAGGACGAAUUGUCCUAG